AUGGCUCGUCCUAGUGCAAUUUACAGAUCAUCGCAGCCGACAGCAAUACCGCGUACUCGUUACAAAUUCCCCAUUCUUGAGACAAGAGAGCUUGUUUCCCUGUUUGAUACGAUGGAUUUCAAUGUUAGUGAAGAGAUGCUGACGAAACCUACACCGAGUUUCAUGAAAAGCCUGAUUGAGCAGAUUAUGGACAAGUUUCUAUAUGUCUCUCCCCACUCUCUGAAGCAAAGAAUUCAACAGAUGGAAAACAAUGAGGACGAUGACCAGGAAGGACUGCAGAACUCCUUGAGCGUUGUUGCCUCGCAAAGAAUAAUGUAUAAGUUUCUGUGCGACUGUGGUGUUGAGGAUUUCAGCAUUCGAGACAUGGCAAAACCGGAACCAUCUCGCAUCCGUAUUAUUUUGAGCGCUCUGAUAAACUAUGCAAGAUUUAGGGAGGAAAGAAUGGGCGAUUGUGAGCAGCUACUCGUCUCCAGUGAAAAUACGCUAUCUCAAUAUAAACACGCGUUGAAAAUCAACAACUCGCUCAAGUCUGCCUACGAGGAUCUCACCAACAAGAUAUUAAGACAAGGGUACAAUGAGGACGAAAUUAUGACUAAGAAUCAACAACUGCAGAAUGAACUCAAAGCUCUUACCGAAACUCAGCAGCAAUUGGCUGCCGCACGCGCAGAAUACAAAACGCAGAAAUUUGGUCUUAUUCGAGAACUAGAGAAUCAAAACUCGCUCUUGCUCGAAUGUGAAAAAGAGCUGGAAAGACUAACUCCUUAUAUCAGAGAGUCUCCAGAAAGCGUGAAAGAAGUCAUUGAUAGCUUGAAAGACAGUUUGGCGAACGAACAAAAGCAUUUGACUGAGCUAGAACAGAGAUCUAAAAAUAUAUCCAUCUCCAUAGACUCGUUCCAGCAACUUACACACGAGUUCCGGAACUACCAUCGCGUACUGGAAGAAAUACAAACUGAAUUCAGUAAACAAGAAAAAUCGACAGAAUCUAUUCAGAAUAUGCAAGACGAGAUACAACGAAUGGAGGUGGAGCUUAACGAUAAAUCUAGACAGAUUAACCACUUGAAAAAGCAAUUGAACUCCCAAAAGGAAAAGCUCGCCACGUUCAAAGAAAACACAAGACAAAAGCUGUUGCAACUCGAAGAUAAAUCGAAGGAGUUGCGAGAAGAAAGGGCUCAACUAAUGGAAAGGAAAUCUGAAGAAGACGAAAUUAUCAGGAACAAAGAAAAUGAGGCCAUCGAUUGGGAAAUGCAGUCGGAAAAACUCAAGAAGGACUUUGAAGCCGAGUGUAAAGGUGCCAGCUACGAGAUGAAUGAACUGAACUCCAAAAUCAACUUCUACAUUGAUGAAAUGGCCAACCGUAUCAACCAAUAUGCAACGGAAUCAUUCUAA